ACGCACCUGCUCCUCUGAGUCUCCAGCAGCGAUUGGACAUUUUCAUUGGUGUUGCGCGUGGCUUUGAGGACCUCCACAGCUUUGACAUUGUGCAUCGCGACAUCAAGCCCGCCAACAUCCUCAUCACCAAUGACAUGCAGGCCAAGAUUGCAGACUUUGGGCUGGUGAGGGUGGGAGAGGGCACGACUGUAGGCACGACUCAAAACAUGGGAACACCAGGCUAUGUGGAUCCGGUCUACUCCCGGACGUCUAAGGCCACCGCAGUUAGCGAUGUCUACAGCUUUGGUGUGCUCAUGCUUGUGGUGCUCACAGGACGCCCUCCAGUCUCUGAGGAUGGUGGGGAGUCCAAGCAGAUCACGUCGUGGGCGUCCAACUGCCUGUCAUUGAAUGACAUAGAGAGCCUCAAGGACCCGGGCUUGGAAGCCCCAAGGGAUGCGGUGCAGCGCCUGGCUGAGCUGGCAGUGAGCUGCACCGUGGAGCGCAGUGCAAGCCGCCCAAGUAUGGCGCACAUUGCCACCCAGCUGCAGGCUGUCAGGGAGGAGGUGGCGGGGAAAAAGGAGUUGUGCGCCGCUAUUUAG